CCGGGCCGGUCACCGCUGCGCAGGGCGGGGCGCAGGCCAGGCUCCCGGAGGCCCCUGGAGCGCGGAGCAGCAGCGGCCGCGCAGAACAGAGAGCGCAUGGCUCUUCCAGAGAUUCUGCAUUAGAUGACACCCUGGCAGUGGGAAAGGGACACCCACCCCACAGGUCCCGCAGACAAGAGCCACCUGGGUCAGGUUGAGGCAAGAUGCUCUCCAGGGCCAGGCAGAGCCCUACAUCCCUGCUGGCCCCCACUCAGGGGUCUUGCAUAUUCCUCCUCUUCUGCCUGCGCCUGGGCACCUCCUGCCCACAGCUGUGCCAGUGCCCCGACCAUGCGGGAGCUGUGGCCGUCCACUGCAGUGCGAGGGGCCUUCAGGAGAUCCCCAGGGACAUCCCAGCUGACACGGUGCUUCUGAAACUAGACGCCAACAAGAUUUCCCGAGUCCCUAACGGAGCCUUCCAGCACCUGCCCCAGCUGAGGGAGCUGGACUUGUCUCACAAUGCCAUCGAGACCAUCGGCCCCACGGCCUUCUCGGGCCUGGCCGGGGGCCUGCGGCUGCUGGACCUAUCACACAACCGCAUCCGGAGGAUUCCCAAAGAUGCCCUGAGCAAGCUGAGUGCCAAGAUCCGCCUGUCCCACAACCCGCUGCAUUGCGAAUGCUCCCUGCAGGAGGCCCUGUGGGAGCUGAAGCUGGACCCCGACUCCGUGGAUGACAUUGCCUGCCACACCUCGGUGCAGGAACAGUUCGUGGGCAAGCCGCUGAUCCAGGUGCUGGACUCCGGCGCCAGCUUCUGCAGCACCCAUCGCAAGACCACCGACGUGGCCAUGCUGGUCACCAUGUUUGGCUGGUUCACCAUGGUGAUUGCCUACGUCGUCUACUACGUGCGCCACAACCAGGAGGAUGCCAGGCGGCACCUGGAGUACCUGAAGUCCCUGCCCAGUGCCCCUGUCUCCAAAGAGCCUCUCAGCCCUGUGCCCAGCACCCCUGUCUCCAAAGAGCCCCCCAGUUCCAUGCCCUAGCGCCCACCUCCAGUGGGCAGCUGCCUCUGGCUGCUGUGGGUUUUGCAGCGGGUGGAGGUGGUGGUGCUGUGGAUGCCCCCAGGGAGGUGCGUCGCAGCUCCUCCUGCACAACUGGAAAAUCACCUUCCCGUCUGGCAUUUGGUCGCAGCAGCAGCCAUCAGACCCCAUCUUGACAGGCAGGGAAAUUGAAGCUUAGGUAAAUGAGCCUGAUCCAGUUGGGACUUAAAGCCAGGCCUCCUGUGGUGCCAUUCUGUGACCCUUCCUCUCUGCCAGCUAUUCUUGCCUGGUGCCUUGGGGGAGGGAAUGUAUGCUCACAUGAAGAUGGUGCCGUCCACCCCUUCCCAAGGAAGCGAAUGUGUGCCCACAACGAUGGUGCCCUUCAGGGAAGUGAGUGUGGGUGCACAUGAGAAUGGUGUCCCCCCCGGGAAGUGAGUGUGUGCGGGCACACACGAAAAAUGGUGCUGCCCUCGUUAGGAGGGUGGCUGCAGCCUCACCUAAUGGAGGCAGCAUAGGUUCUCUCUACUGAGCAGUGGCUCUGUUUACCUAGCACCCCAGGUACGUGGCCAGGGCGUCAGUGGCCCUUUCUCACAGUGGAGCACUAGACCCCCCCCCCCCGGGCUUUCUAGAGCAAUCAGUGCAACGUGUAGUCUGUACUGACCUCUGCUUCUGGUGUGUUUGAGUUGCCCUUGUGCCAAAAUUCCAGACCACUGAGAGGAGGAGAACGCAGAUGGAAACUUGAGAAAGAGCUGGCACGGGCCUCCAGGUGGUGUCGGCCACUAGACAAAUAAGGCUGUCCGCCCGCGGCUCCUGCCUCUCUGUCAUCUGCGCCUGGCUGGUGGAGGCCUGGCGAAAUGGUGGCUCCUGUGCCUUGCUUUCCUCUCAGUCAUAUCUAAAGUGGUCUCUGCAAAGAAUGGGGGGUGAGGGGGAUGGGACUGAUGACCAGUCACCACGAUGGUUCUUUUUCUCCAGAAACAAGAGCUUUCUCUCUCCACCGUGCUGCGGGGACUCAGAGCCACUUUGUCACUCAGUUUUCCUACCUGUGUUCACGUUCAGGGUAGAUCUUAACGUCCACCUAUACGACUCACUUAUAUUUUCAUUUUUUUACUGUUGUUUUGUAUGUGCUUAUAUUCUAAGCUAGUUUGGCUAUUUUGUGUGUAGCAAACGAGAGUAGGUUGUUUAUGGCCCUCGAGUGUCAGGUAUAUGCCUAGCCUCGUCAAAUAGAAGUUUGAAGACGUUAGACGGUGAUUGUGGUGCGUGUAGGUCGCAAGAAUGAAUGUUCAUUCUUCACUCUUGCGAUCUACAGGAGAAGACUGAGACUGUGUCCAAAGGCUAGUCUGGGGUGGGGAUUUUGGUGGUCUUAGCACCGCUAUGGUUCCAUUGUUUGGCCACUGUGUGGCUAGAGACGCCGUGCACAUGGCCACAUGACUAUCUGUAGCCAAGGCCAAAAAGCACAGGGAGUAGUCAUGACUCUCUAGUCAUGGUGCACGUUAAGAAAAAACAGUCAACGGAUUCCAGACCCAUCUCCAACUGCCCGGCACCCACACCCGAGUUCUCAGGGAGCUGGGCCUUAGUCUUGGGCCAUCUUGCCCAGUCACGGUGAGUGGAGUCCUGAUCUGGAGACUGGUAGCAAGAGAUGGAGCCCUGGCUGGGAUGGGGUGGGGGGGCUUCAAUGGACUGGUGGCUUGCCUCGUAUGGCACAGACGUGGUCAACACAUGAUGCCUGGCUCAGUGAUCAGAGGCCAGCACCGAGGGACUGACUGACCUGGGCCUGGAGGACAGCCCAGCUAUGGGUGUGCGGGUUAAAGACAGCGUGCUGUCCUGCCUCUGGAGGGCACAGAGAAACUGCCAAGCCUGUCCCAUAAACAGGGCAUGGCCGACCUUAUGGCCUCUCUCUGAGGUCCUGGUGCAGAGGACACAGGUCCUAUGGUGUGUCAUGUUGUGUGGGGCUGCUAAGGGAAGCCAUUACUUGGCAAAGGGUAUACCUCGGACAGUGUCUGGGUCCCUGCAGACUUUCCUCCCCAAGGUGCCUGCAGUGGAGACGCCCCACGCCUAGAGCUUGUCACCAGCCCAGAGGGUCUGCCUCACAGACGUUUCCUCGGUAGGAAAAGUUGACAGAGCCUGGGUGGUGAGACCAGCAUCCUACAGAGCACUUGAUUUGUUCUUGUCCCACAAUCUGCCCCAGCAGGGCUGGGGCACCCUUCCCUCACUGUCAGAUUGCCUGACCCUAGCUGAGGGUCUGGCCUCCCCUAUUUGUGUGUCUGCUAGGCUCCUGAGAAUUUCCUGCUGGAAAGAGGAGGGCAGAGAAGGUCCGUAUGUAUGGACCAAGGAAACAGCAUGUCUCUCUUAAGGAAGACGCAGAGACUGGCACACACUCCUGCUCAUGCGAACUCCUGCCUGGGAGUCCUGGCUCCUCUCCUGUCCUUCUGUACCCUCCCCUGCCCUCCUCUUUCCUACCCUGCCUGGGCACCCCUACUUGUUCCUGAUAGAGUAGACAUGCAGAAGAGGGCAGGGCCUCUUGAGAUGGUGUUUCUACCUGGGCCCCACCUGCUGCCACACAAAAUUGGGCACAGUGGGUGGUCUGCGGCCAUGAGACUCACGUCUACCCACCAUGUCCCCCAGGCAAGGGACAGCAGCAUAGACCUACUGUCCCAGCAGGCUCCUGGUCAGUGGGCCUUCAAGAGUAUUUCAUCCACCAGUCAGAUGAAUUGCCCAAGACUUGGCUCUGACCUGUGUUACCUGCAUGGACUGAGAUGGAGCUGGAAUGUUCUGGCAGCUCCCAGCACUUAGGAGCUGCCGCUCCUGGAAACACAAUCUCAAAUCUGAUUCUGUUGCUUUCUCAGCCUUUCUGUAGACCUUUAAUAAAGCUCCUCAUGCUUAA